AAGUGCAAAGCUGCAAAGUUUAUGUUGAACAACAUAAACUAAGGCCUGUUUUGCUUUCGGUUGUAUUACUUAUUUAUGAACUUGCUGUUGAAAAUCAUUCAAAUCAGGAAUAGAGUUUUCUUUUUACUCUCUUCGUAUGUUGCGGUUGCGGCAGUGUAAUUUUUGACAUUGACAGGAUGCAUCAGUUUUCUGAUUCCGAGUCGUCGGAUUCUGAAGACGGUAUUCGCUUCAAAACUGAUAGCACAAGGAACAAGCAGACCAAUCGGAGCCGCCGUCGCGAUAAUAAAUACGAGGAGGCGGAAUCUUCGAAGAGGCGACAUCGCGAAACUGAUAACAACAGAGAUUUGUCGCGUUCGUAUAAGAGAAGCAGUCGCAGAAGUCCGGACGGUGGCACCAGAAGGAGUCGUCGACGGAGGUCACGCGAUACCCGUCGUCACCAUAGGCGAAGAUCGCGCUCAAGGAGCUCCAAGAGGGAGGAGCCUAAAAUCAAACACUGUGAUGCGAUCUCUUCGUCCGACGAUGAGGAUAUACUGAAUCGGAGAGAAGAGGAGAUCUUAAGUAGAAAGGUGGACGAAGAGGAGAAAGAGCAGGAGCAGCCGGAGAAAGAGAAGGUUUCGAAUGAACUUGAAGUAGAGGAGUUUGAAGUGAGUAAUACGGACAUCGAGUAUAACAAAGAUGUUGAUAGCGAAGAAGGGAAAACGUUUAUUGGAGAUGCGGAGGAAGGAAUUUGUGGACCGGCUCUGCCGCCCUCGAUGUGCGGUCCGCUGCUUCCGCCACAUUUGAGAGUCAAUAAAAUCACCGAGGAUACACCAAAAUGCAUAGGUCCAACUUUGCCACCGCAUUUGCGAAAGAAACUCGAAGAGGACACAGUAAACGAAACACCAAUUACUGAAAUUGAGGGAAAACUAGAGCAUGAAGAAGGUGAAUUGGAAGCUGAUGUUGCCAUUACAGGCGACAAAAACGAUGAGGAUGAUGACGACGAUGAUGGAUGUUAUGGUCCACUGCCACCCGAUCUUACGUCCAAUUCGCUUGCCCAUCGGGCACUCGAAGAAAGAGCUCUUCAAAUGAAGCUGGAUCAGUUGAAUGGUGGCCAGGAGGAAGUGAACGGUAGGGAGGAGUGGAUGAUAGAAUUGCCUAGCGCAGUGGCCAAAUACGGUUUGGGUCCUAGACAAUUCAAAGCCAGAGCCGGACCCGAUCUCACUGACCGUUCCUCCUGGACGGAUACACCACAAAACAAGCGCUCGGAUAUGAAGGACGGAGCGGCAGUAAACGAUGACCUCAAGCAGGAAGCGGAAUUGGCGCAAGUACGAAAACGCGAUCAGGAACAGGAGGACAUGAUACGAAAACACAAGAAGCAAAAAAAGAAGGAAAAGGAGAAGAGUUUAUUGGAGCAGCACCAGGACAAAAUCAAAAAAAGGAAAAAGAAAGAACGGGAGGAUGGUAGUGCCAAUGUGCGGAGGCCUUUUAAUAGGGACAUCGAUUUAAAAGUGAACCACUUUGACGAGGCUCAGAAGAAGGCUAUCAUGAAAAAAGCCCAAUUGCUGGAUGACAGAUUUUCCAAAGGACAGUCCAAAUUUUUAUAACAAAUUGUGAUUUUUAAAACAAUAAAGUAAUUUAGCCUUUUAUUAUUAAA